GGCGCGGCGGAACCCGCGAUGCUGCUCUUCUGCCCGGCCUGCGGGAACGUGCUGGUGGCCGAGGAGGGGCCGCGCUGCCACCGCUUCGCCUGCACCACCUGCCCCUACGUGCGCAAUGUCACCAGGAAGGUGACCAGCAGGAAGUACCCGCGGCUGAAGGAGGUGGACGAUGUGCUGGGCGGCGCCGCGGCCUGGGAGAACGUGGACUCCACGGCAGAGCCGUGCCCCAAGUGCGAGCACCCCCGCGCCUACUUCAUGCAGAUCCAGACGCGCUCGGCCGACGAGCCCAUGACCACGUUCUACAAGUGCUGCAACCCGCAGUGCGGGCACCGCUGGCGGGACUGAGGGGGCUGCGGGGAUGGGGCGCGGGGGUCCCGCCGCUGCAAUAAACCUGGCACUGGGUGCGA